GUCUGAGAGCCUCAAUAAAUUGACGAGAAUCGACGGCGAAUGUCUCGAGGCGUUGAAGACGCGCGCGCUCAGCGUCCUCAGGAGCUUUGACUGGAGUUUUCUCAAGUCUCGGAAACAUCAGAAGGAAGUCUGACCACUAUAACUUCCCACGCUUGAGCACAUUAAAGAACGAUUCGUUUUAAAGGGUAGCGCGCGCUCUCUCUUUCCCAGCGCGUUCUGCGAGCCUCGCGUGGGGUUAAAUAGGCACAGGACGCUGAGUCGCCUCAGGCUGUGUCGACUGAGGGAAAGAAACGCGGCGACACAAGCGUCCUCAGACUGCGUGAUCCAGGACUUGGGCAGUGCGGGACUUGCGCGCACUCUGGUUGCGGGAGCGAUGCGCGCGCUGCGGGCUCCGGUUCUAGUAAUGGGGCUCGUCAUGUUAAUCUGCACUACUGCACAAAGCGACGCCAGCGCGAACAAGGUCGAGAAAACGUUCAGACGGAUAAUGGACAUCAUGAGACUGGCGGAAAACAGCGUUGACGACGCGAGCGCGCAAAAGAAGGAGAGUGCGCCAAAGGACACUCAUCGUCUCAAAACGGAAACCGGGGAAACAAUUUUAAAAAUCUUUCCCAGAGACCUCAGAAAGAAAGAGAAGGUUAUCAAAAUCUUAACAGGUCCUCUUUAUUUCAGUCCAAAAUGCAAGAAGCACGUCUACAGGCUUUAUCACAACACCAGAGACUGCACCAUCCCUGCAUACUACAAAAGGUGCGCGCGACUCUUGACGCGACUGGCAGGGAGUCCGAGAUGUCAAGAGGGUUAACUGUACCAGGUUGAAGCCACACCAGAGUGACCCAAGGAAAAGAAAAAAACAGCAGUCAAAGUGCCUUUGGACAAGAGAAGAGAAUUUAAACCAACACCCAACAUUCCACAUAAUCAGCACAUCUCGUCCAGAACACUGCUCUGCCUCUCUGGAGAAUAGAUGUGGGAAAUUAUUGACAGAGAAGUAAACACGGAAUAAUGGGAUGCACUUGCCCAAGGACAGUCUGAUGGACUCAACAUGGAGCCAAUGUUAAAACACAAGACGACAGAGAAAGAAAACAGAAAACGCAUCUGGCAUAGUGCGUUCUGAACCUGUCUGCCAAAAAAGAAAUGUUUUGAAAAAAAACAUUUUUUCCAUCGUUUCAUCAUGAAAAAGGGAUAGCCAUGGUUUUGCGUUUCGAUAUCAGAUUAUCGAGACUCGUCAGUCAUUGCUGAUGUUUCGCACGACAUGCCUCGAUGGGGUUACAAUUCAGAGCCACGAUGACAAAUUGAGUUAGUUCGCUGCAACGAGAGAGCUUUGCUUUUCUCUGUGCCAGAACUGAAAAUCAUUAAUUGCAUGAACGUUUCCUUUUGCUUCUGUUUGCCAGCAGACAGGUAGAUUUUUGCAGUAAAUCUGUGACCAAAAGCUUUUCGUUUUUGUGUGAAACUGUGAGUGUAUGACUGUGGAAUAUAUUCAAUAUAUUUUGAUAUGUAAAUGUUGUACAAAUGAGACUUAAAAAUCCCUAUAACAAACAUAUAAGCG